AUGGAGCGGUGCGGAGCAAGUUUAAUGGAUUCCGCUGACUACGUUCUGACGUGUGAGGAUGACAUUUUUGGUGGCCUGGUGCGGGAUAUGGCCAAGGCGCUAGCCCAUGUCCACAAGAAGGGCAUAAUUCAUCGCGAUAUCAAACCUGACAACUUGCUUUUUGGAGAUGAGGAGCGGCGAACAUUGAAGUUGUGCGACUUUGGACUGUCUGUGGCGGCUUCAAAGUCGCAGAAUUUGCCAGGGCGUUUUGGAACCAUGCCCUAUAUGUCGCCAGAGAUGGCAGCGUCAGCAGGGCAUUGCUUCAGCACAGAUGUGUGGUCCCUGGGCGCCACGUUGUAUGUCUUGAUCUUUGGCGAUUUGCCAUACAGGCCACCCAAAAUGUGCCGUGAGCAUCUCAAGAUGGCAAUCAUCACAGGAUGCUUGCGGCCUUCCUUUCAGCCAUCCAUCAGGGCAAACCUCAUGCCCAGAGCUGCUUCGUUGGUUGAUUUGGUGAAGCAGAUGCUGUCACGAGACAGGUCGACACGGCCCACAGCAGCGCGGGUCCUCACGGCCGUGCUGAAACCAGGGAGCUCAACGAGAACUUCUCGUGUCCAACAGGCCUUUUGCACCGCGCCAGGCAAGCUGAAGACAGCUUUGCAUCUGAAAGUUCACUUUGGCUGCUGGAAAGCUCAGAAGAGCGAGGAUGAGGAUGACGUGCUUGGGAAGGAUACGCAGCGUCUUAGCCAGAAUGCUGAGCCAGGGUGA